AUGAAGUCGAGGCAGCUGCUACUGCUGGUGUUGGUGCUGCAACUGCUGGCGCCGUUGGGGAAUGGAGAAGACCCGUAUGCUGUGCUGGGCGUGAAGAAGACGGCGUCUGACCUGGAGAUCCGGAAAGCGUACCAUUCUCUGGCGCUCAAGUGGCAUCCGGACAAGAAUCCAGGAAACCCGCACGCCGAGCAGCAGUUUAUGCGCAUUAAAGACGCGUACGACCGGCUGACGAAGACGCCAGGCGCUGCGGAACAAGAACGAGAGAGAAGACAGCAGAGUUUCUACCGUCAGCAGCAGCAGUAUCAGUACCAGAAGCGGAGUUAUGGCCAUCAGUAUCGGUACCAGUACCAGCAGCGAUGGGAUCUCUCACACUUGACGACGCCCUUUUUCUUGAUGAUUGGGCUUGCCGUGGUGGCGGGAUUACUGCACUUGGGAGCCAAUACGAACGGAACUGGAUCUAGUCAGGAAGAAGCAACACGCUCGGCAUCGACAGAGGAGGAGAUCAGGAGAGAAAGUCCGUUGAAACAACUGGCCAAGGUGUUUGCACCAUCAAUUUAUGAGCUGAGUCCGCUGUAUCUGACGGCGAGAGGACGACGGACGCUGGUGUUUUUUCCAGACGACACUCGACAUGAUUGUAGUGUGCGAGACCAGUUCAGCAUCAUCGAGACACUCGCGACCGAGUUCCACCGCGACCCUCUUACAUUUUGCUGGCUGGACCUGAAGACGCAGCCGGUUGAUAAACGCGUUCUUUGGGAAGCGCAGUUUGGAGAGGCACCAGCACCAUUUGUCGCGGGGCUUGGGUACAGAGGCAAAAAGUGUUCGUUGCUGCCUCCAUGUACCAGUAGUACCAGCACAGGACGUCGAGAUCUCGAAGAAGUUGUCCGCAAGUGGCUUUUGCGUCUUGCAGGUGGCGAGGUGUCGCAGGAACCGUCCGUGCCCGGUCUCUUCUGA